CCCACUCCCCACCCUUAUCUCUCGCCAUCCACCAACCCCUGCGCCCCCAGCCACAAUCCCCCCCCUCAAUCAUUCCGCAUUUGGUUCUUUUUCCCCCCUGUCGCAAGAAAAAAGGUACAGUACUUGUACGACUCGACCAGAGACAUCCGUUCCUGGACUCGCUUAGGGGCCCGUGCAUCCGCCGCAUGCGUGCUAUCUGAAUUGCCGUGGUGCAUCAUGUCGUAUCACAUCGCUUUCCUCUCCAAGCUUUCUCCACCUUUGGUCUCCCGGGGA